AUGAGUGAUGUUCCUCUCCUGAAGCAGGAGGAGCACCCAAGCCCGUCAUCCUGCAGCUCAGAGUCAAGUGUUGGCUGGGUGCUGCUGAGGUUUUUUGAGUGCUGCCCAGUGCUGCUGAGUGCUGCCGAGUGCUGCCGAGUCCUGCCAAGUCCUCCCGAGUGCUCCCAAGUGCUGCCGAGUCCUGCCGAGUCCUGCCAAGUUCUGCUGAGUGCUGCCGAGUGCUGCCGAGUCCUACCCGAGUCCUACCGAGUCCUGCCGAGUGCUGCCGAGUGCUGCCGAGUCCUCCUGAGUUCUACCGAGUGCUGCCGGGUGCUGCUGAGUCCUCCCAAGUGCUGUCGAGUCCUGCCGAGUCCUCCCGAGUCCUGCCGAGUCCUCCCGAAUUCUACCGAGUUCUGCCGAGUGUUGCCGAGUCCUCCCGAGUACUGUCGAGUCCUGACGAAUUCUCCCGAAUGCUGCCGAGUCCUGGCAAGUCCUGCUGCCGAGUGCUGCCGAGUCUUCCCGAGUCCUACCCCGUGCUGCCGAGUCCUUCCGAGUUCUAUCGAGUGCUGCCGGGUGCUGCCGAGUCCUCCCGAGUACUGUCGAAUCCUGACGAAUCUUCCCGAGUGCUGCUGA